AUGAAAUCUUCAACCAGUAGAAAUGAGUUGGGGAAAUCUGGAGCCUCGUCAUCAUUAACUUCUGGAGAAGGUACACCUACAAAACCUAUCAGAAGAAGAGCAGGAAGUACUAAUCAAGGAUCAUCAUCCACAACAUCAUCAUCCGAUAAAACCAAAUCAUCUCGUUCAUCAACUGUAAGAGGCAACAAUGAAAAGGAUACUCCAACACCAACUACUACAUCAUCAAAGGAAAAUACCAAGUCAAAAGAAAAUUCAAAAGAAAAGGAACCAAAAUCCGAAUCAAAAUCGGAAAGAGGAUCAAGCACACCUCUUAUGCCUCCACCACCUAAUACAGAAAAAUGUACUCCUUUCUAUCCUAUUACCAUGUUCCAAGAAAAAUCAGCAUUCGGAGCAAACUAUAAUGAAGGAGAAUUUAUCGAAACACUCACUUAUAAAUUAUUAAAUGAAGUUAAUAGAAUUAAUUCCAAUAAUUCGUCAAAUGGAUUUGGAUCAAACAGUGCGAAUCAAGAAUUAGAGGACAAACAAGCUGAUUAUUUGGAAGUUUUUCAACAAUUAUUUCACAGAAGUAUUGUUGAUAUGGAAAGAUUAAUGAAAGAUGUAAAUAUUACUGUGGAAAAGUUGGUAAAAGAAACUGAAGCUGCAUCUCAGAAACAUCAGUCCAAAUUACAAACAUUUCAUCAAGAGUUAGAGACAAUAUCAGAAAAAUUCAAAAAUAUCGAAGAUGUCAUUAAUCAAGUUGGUAAUACUACUGUACAAAUUGGUAAUACUCUCGACACUGUAGAUAAACAAAAGAGUAGAGCUAUUGAAGCUAAACAAUUGAUGAAAUUCUUUAAUGAAUUCAACAGCUAUACCCCAGAACAAUUCAAACACGAAAUUUUACCAAAGAAAAAGUUCAACCAUGCCAUCUUUAAGAAGAAGGGAUCACAACAUCGCGCUGCCAAAAUUGUGCAAGAAUUGUCCCUCAUUGCUGCUGAUUUGACAAAGGUAGAUUCAUGUAAAAAUGCUAUUGCCAAUAUCAAAUUAUAUAAUGACGACCUUUUACAAAAUUUAUUGGAAGAUUUUGCUCAAUCUGUCAAGUUGAGUGAGGAUCAAAGAAAACAAGGUAUUAGCGAAAUGAAGAAAAAGGCCAGAAUUUUGCUUGAUAUUAAGAAUGAAUCAAAAUGCAUUGAUCUCUAUGUAAAGAUGAGAUUUGAAAAAUUCAUUACCUUUACAACGGAGGCUGUUGAAAAACAAUUGAAGGAAAAUUUUGGAACACUCCUAAAAGAUAUAAAAGAAUUAGAGACUAAAUUGGAAUCUAAAAAACCUACCAAAUCAGUUGUUGAAGAAGAAAAUGAGGAUGAUGAAGAUCAAGACGAAGAAAGAGGCACAUCUACAGAAGUCUCUCAAAAUAAUACGAAUAAUACUGGUACAGAUAAGUCUACGGAUAGUAAUGCAGAAAAAGAGGAUAUCGAAUCUCUAGAAAAUACUCUCGAUACAUAUAGACAACAACUUGAUGAAGCUCGGUCUAACACUCGAGAAAUUGUAUAUCAGGAAUGUAUCAAUGCUGUCAUUAAGAGUGUAAAUGAUGUUGAAGCAUACACAAACUUUUUAACAAGAGUUGAAAAGGCAACCUCAUCAGAAUAUUCUAUCAUUUCUGAAGUAUUUUCCAACUCUUCUAGAGAUGUACUUUUACUCUUCCUUCAAAAGAUUGUUGAUGAAAUUCUGGAAGAAAUUGUGAGUUCACUCCUCAAAGAACCAGAAGAAGAUAGAUUGGAAUCAUACCUCAAAAAUUUCGAAAAGAUUUAUAAUACCACCAUUAAUUUUGUGGAUAGACUGGUGACAGAACACUCUAACAUUCCAACUUUGAAAUCCAACUUGACAAGAAGCAUUGAGAAUAUCUUCUUUGUCAAAAAGAAGGGUUAUGGAAGUGUAGAACAAAAAUAUGUCGAUGGAAAGUAUGAGGAGAUUGUUCAACCAAUUGAAGAAAUGGAAUCACCAAUAUUACAACUCUUAGCUACCUCUCAAAAAACUCUUCUUUCUGGCUCCAACUUGCUACAAAUUUUCAGCAACGCUAUGCAAGUACCUGAACAAGUUGAAAUGCUCAAAGAUUAUCCUCGAUUACAAUUGGAUGUUAUUGUAAACUUUAUUCACACUAACACUGAAUCAUUGUUGAGAUGCAAGAAACUGUCUCUAAAGAAUGAAAUCCCAAAGAAUAUGUACACUAUUUUUGAAUUGCUGAAAAAUGCUGUUUGUAAUUAUGUAAAGAAGGGACUCGAAUUUUCUGUGGCAACUAUUUCAUAUGGAGCCAAGAAGGAACCAUCCACAGAUCUCUACUUGGCAAUUCACUUGACAAAUUCUGUACUCCAAAAAGUACAGAGACACUUGGAACAAAACGUACUGCCAAGCAUUGUGUCUGUAUCCUUGCCAAUGCAAUUACAAUGUAUCAAGCUGAAAGAUGAUUUAUUUUCUACCCUCGAGUCAUAUGUUGUGAAAGGAUUGGAAAUUAUGUUAAAAUCUAUUGUAGAGUAUUGUAAAUUCAUUUUGGAGAAGGAACAAAAGAAUAUUGCAGCAGACUAUAAACCAAAAGAAAAUGAUUCAAGGUUUGUCUUUGUAGAACAUCAACCAACCCAGGGCUGCACAAAAUGUUGUUCCUUCCUGACAACACACUGCGAACAGAUUCAAACCUGUCUAUUUGGUAAGAAUAGAGAAUACUUUUUGACGAAAUUGGGUAUGCAUUUUUUCCAAUUAUUGACCAAUACCCUUAAAGAUAUGUCAGUAAGCAAUUUGGGAGCCAUUAAAUUGAUGAGAGAUUUGUCAGAGUAUCAGAAAUGUAUGAGACAAUUCCAAGUAACAGUUAUUGAAGAUCAAUUCGAUACUCUCAGAGAAGUUUCCAACGUUUUACUUGUCUUACCACAGAAUCUUCCAGAAGUUGUCUCUCAAUUAGAAAAGAAUCCAUCCGUGAAACAUGAAGAUGUUAUUGCAUUCAUCAGAAUGAGAAGUGACUAUAGCAAGAAUAAGACCAUGUUUAAAGAGAAAAUCCCUGAUUUCCACUAG